CUGAAGCUGGAUCUUCCAUAAAAGGUGAUUAUGGUGAUCUCAGUAGCAAUGGCGAUUCUGGAUGGAAGGAUGCUACACGAAAGAAAGCUGUUAUGAACUCGGCUAUAAGAAGGAAACCUUUAAGUGUUAGAAAUACAUCUCAAAAUUAUGUGGAAGAUCCUCAACAUUCCAAAGAAGAUGAUUGGCAUAUUGAAAUUGCUAUUCCCAAACCCCACCAUGUUUCUUUGGCAGAUUGUCAUGAUGAAGAAUCUGAGGGUAGUUCUGUCACCAAGAGAUUAGAAAGAAUGACAACUGUUACUAGUAUACAUGAUAUUGGUUAUGAAUUCGUUCCAAUGGAUGACAAACAAGAGUGUUCAUCUGUCUCCAAUCUUGUGACUGAUAACUUUAGGGCCAAAAUUGUUACUGUUUCUCCUGACCAUCUUGGGGAGGGAGGUUCUCAGAAGCCAAUGGGAAGAAAUCAGCGGUUUGCAUGUGAAAAGAUUACUUAUGAGGAGGAAGAAUUAUACUCUAAAAAAUUGCAGGAUCGGAGAAGUCUUGAUUCUACAGUUACUGAGUCUAGUGUUCCAAAUGGAUGUUGCUCACAGGUGGCAAAUGAAAUGGUUUGUGUUCGGAAACAACUAAUGGAGAUUGAAAACAAGCAGUCAAACUUAGUGGUUCUUCUCCAGGCAUUUUCAACUGGGAUAAUGGAUAGCUUGUCAAUGCUACAGUCAAAGGUGUUAAGUUUGGAGCAUGUAGUGGAGGGAAUAGCUCAAGACCUUGUGCAUGGUGGAAGGUAUUCUGAUCUGGUAACCUCCAAGCUCAUGAAGCAGAGCCAAGGUGUUUCUCCCAGACUGUCUACAUCAACUCCGAGGCCUUCCUUGGAUAUUUGUAACAGACAGCCUUCACUUUCAGUAAAAAGUUCUGAUAUUUGGGAGGAAAAAGUGCUUUGUAGGAGCAACUUAAGCAGUUCUGCUAAACAGAGUAAGGAGGUGUGGACGAAUCAUGCUCUAAAGAUUAGUAGAAAUCCUAUGGAAAAUGAUGUUCAGAAAAGCUCUGAACAGGGAAUUCAAAUCAUGGGUCAUGUAAGGAAAAAUGAAGUUACCCCCUCCUCUGCUUGUGUCUUGUUUUCAAGUACAAAUAGUAGACAAAGUAGGGCAGGCAGCAUGAAUAGCCUGUGGCAAAAUGUGAAAGGUUUUUUAUGUGAAGGGGACCUAGACUCUGCAUAUACAGAAGCUCUUUCUUCUGGUAAUGAACUUGUUCUGAUUGAGCUUCUUGAUAGAACUGGUCCAGUUGUAGAAAGUUUAUCCCACAAGACCAUCUGUGAUAUUCUCAGUAUUUUGGCAUCAUACAUACUUGAACAGAGAUAUAUGAACUCUAUAAUCCCUUGGUUGCAGCAGGUGGUUGAGUUGAGCACAACCCAUGGACCAAAUCACCUUGUUCUCUCCCCAGAUGCUAAAAGAGAAUUGUUAUUAGCAAUUCAAGAGGCUAUGAACAUGGAAUUUUCUAACCCUACCGAAAGAAGAUCAAUCACUCAACUGGCAAUGAAGUUACACCAAAUAUGGGGAAAAUGCUCCUGAUCAUCGGAUGGUCAAAAAGCAUGGCUCAAAAGGCUGCAGCAAGAGAUUAGCAUAGCACACAAGUGAAGCCUAACAGAGAGCAUAGUCUCAGUACAAGGGUUAGGCAUGAUUAUUAGCCUAAACUCUCAGCUCAUGUUUUGUAAUUUCAUUUUUAAGUCUCCUCAUCUUUUAUGAUGACAUUAUGUCCAAUCCUAUGUAAUGCCGUUUACAGAAUUUCAACGUUUGCAUUGAGCAAUCAUUUUGCCAUGCCAUCCAGUCACAUCUUGAGUCUAUUGAGCUUUUGGAAUGGCCGGACGGGAAAUAAAUUUGAUAGAAGUUC